UAUUUUCAUCGUACGGAUAUUCGUUCAAGCAGUCAGCGGCUCCAGUGUGUCGUGCUAUCGCCGUGGACCAGGAGGUGCUUUAUACACACGCGCGCGCGCACUCACAUACACAGACCGUCGCUACAGAUACAUCUACUGUACGUCGUAUUGGCAAGCCGACCGGCGACCAGAUCGCGACGACCAUGACCGGGUCGGACGACAACAACGGCGAUUCGGACAACGCAGGAGCCGGGGUGGGCGACGAUGGCGAUGGGAGGGCCCGGCGCCGCGACAAGUUUUCCUCCGGGGCGUUGCUGACCUCCGCGGCCGCGACACUGCUGUGGUGCGUCCUGUUCACAGCCUUCGCGCCGCAGCCGCUUGCCGUGGCCGGCGUUCAGCUGUACACGAACACGUUCGCUGUCAGGCUACACGGUGAUGUCCGGGACGGUUCCGGGCACGUAGAUGAGGCGGCGGCCCACAGGGUUGCCAAGAGGGCUGGCAGUGGGUUCGAAAACAUCGGCAAGAUUCGUGGUACUAAGGAUGAAUUCCAAUUCGUGCAUCAUGGGUUGCCAAAAAUACGUGGCCGCCGUUCUCUACCUUCAGUCUUACUUUUGAAGAAGGAUCCAUCUGUUAAGUCUGUUCAUCAGCAACCAGGAUUCAAGAGAGUGAAACGUGGGUAUAAGCCAUAUAUCCCAUCUUUAUACUUGAAUAGAGAUGAAUUUAUUGCAAAUCAAUAUAAAGAAUAUUCUGGUAAACCAAUUGAAGUCGAUGAUGAUCUGGAUCGUUAUGGUAAGUUACCAAUGGAUCCAUUAUUCAAGGAGCAAUGGUAUCUGAGGAAUACAGGACAAAACGGUGGUAAACCGAAAUUGGAUUUGAAUGUACGAGCUGCUUGGGCUCAAGGGGUAUCAGGCAAGAAUGUAACUACAGCUAUAAUGGACGAUGGAGUGGAUUAUACACACGAAGAUCUAAAAUAUAAUUAUAAUGCACGAGCUAGCUACGAUUUCAGUUCAAAUGAUCCAUAUCCAUAUCCCAGGUAUACCGAUGAUUGGUUCAACAGCCAUGGUACACGUUGUGCUGGGGAAGUGGCAGCUGCACGUGAUAAUGGUGUUUGUGGUACCGGUGUAGCAUAUGACUCAAAAAUCGCCGGUAAGUGCUUGAAAUGGUUAGAUUUAUAG